AAGAUUUGGACGCGUCACGGUCAUAAGCCGCGUCAGCUACGCUAUUAUCCAACUACCAUGAACUCCAUCUUACAGCGGUUUUCAGGAUCAAGUGCAAGAGGUCUUUCGAAAUCAACGAUCGAUGAGGACAAUGAUUUCUCCGAUGCAAUGUGGGGUUCUGAGGCUGGCUUCGGUACCUUGGCCAAGGGAGUACCAGGCUUCGUCGUCCCAUCCGUCCCAGACCCUGCCGCAUUCCUGAGGUUACACACCGAUGAUCACGCAGACCCGUCAUGCAGAAUCAAAAUCCAGCACGGAACAACCACGCUUGCAUUUAGAUUCCAAGGCGGCGUUAUCGUGGCUGUCGACUCGCGUGCUACCGCUGGAAGCUACGUUGCAUCCGGAACAGUCAAGAAGGUCAUUGAGAUCAACCCUUACUUGUUAGGGACGAUGGCUGGCGGUGCUGCUGAUUGUCAAUACUGGGAAACAUACCUUGGCAUGCAUUGUCGAUUGCAUGAGCUCAGAAACCGAGAACGGAUAUCAGUAUCAGCUGCUAGCAAGUACUUGAGCAACCUCGUGUAUAGUUACAAGGGAAUGGGUUUGAGCAUGGGUACGAUGAUAUGUGGCUGGGACAAGACCGGUCCAGCAGUAUUUUACGUUGACUCUGAUGGCACGCGGUUGAAAGGCGAUUUGUUUUCAGUAGGUUCGGGAAGCACGUUCGCCUAUGGUGUUUUGGACCAGGGAUAUCGGUGGGAUCUUACGGACGAGGAAGCACAAGAAUUAGGACGGCGAAGUAUCUAUGCUGCUGGACACCGAGAUGCGUUCUCGGGUAACACUUGUAACCUCUACCACGUGAAGGAGGAUGGCUGGAAGUUCAUUGGCAAUUAUGAUAUUACGAAGCUGCACUAUGAAGGACCAGGGGAUGUUGCCGGCUCACCUGGUCAUGGUUACGGUUAUGACCAGCGUGUAGAAGGACGCAGUUCAGCCAACCCUCCUGAAGCGCCAGCACAAGCAUGAUGUUUUACUGUAUAGAUGUGUAUCUGUAGUAACAGUCGAACACAGUGUCUCUACCCUCCAAGCUUCUUCACAUACCUUUAAAUUCGUAUGAGGCGCUUUGAAAAUCCCUGAAAUCAAUUCCCAAUAUGACAAUUAUGUACUUUUUAUGGUAACUUCCAAUUUGACUCACAG